CCAGUCGUCCAGGUGCUAUUGAGCAACGAGCAGCUCGACGUGAACGCGCGAGACCAACGGGAGUCGACCGCCUUGCAUGAAGCCGCCUGGAAAGGGCAUUUGGCAGUGGCCGAUCUACUCCUGACUAAGCCCAACAUUGAUAUCAACGUCGAGGAUAGGUACGGCUGCACCCCGCUGUGGUAUGCCACGCGACACGGUCACUAUAACGUGGCUUUGAAGUUACUGGAAGAGCCAAACGUCACCGUCAAUGCUGUAUGUCGAUUUCGGACUCAGCCUGAGAUAUCAACACCGCUCCAUCAUGCGGUCAACUGCAAUACGACGCAGACCGUGCAGCGGUUGUUGGCCCAGACAGCUCUCAACCCCAAUAUUACGGACGACUGCGGCCGCACUCCACUGAGCUGUGCGUCCCACGCAGGUAACUUGCCAAUGGUGGAGCUCCUGCUGGGUCGAUCUGACCCACCGCUGUGGUCAGCUGCUUCGCAAGGACAUAUCCAGGUCGGAUGGGGCUCUUAUUUGUCUCCGCUCCUGGUCGCAAUUACGCGAGGUCAUUCCGAUGUAGCCAUGCGGUUGCUGGAUUGCGUCCCGCGGCUGGAUGUCAAUAUCCGGACCUACCUAGGGGAUUCUGCUCUCUCCAUGGCCGCUCACCAAGGACAUGUGGACGUGGUUGCGCGUCUGUUAGAAAUCUGGCAGACCGACCGGAAUGGCGCCGACAGGUGGGGACGCACUGCGUUAUGGUGGGCGGCCCGGGCGGGUCAGGCUCGAAUUGUGCAGCGGCUGCUGGAGGACGACCGGGUUCUAACCGACAUGAUGGACAACGACGGGGUAGAUGCUAUGGAUGCUGCGAGUAGCCAAUAUCAUCUUGACGUUGUUCGGCUGAUCCGGACUCAUUACUCCAGGCGAAACAGUAAUUGGACAGGCGGUGGCCCCCACAAUUUGAGGACUAGGAGCUAGAGCAUUUAGGGCCUUGCCAGAAACCUUCCUUCCGCGGAUUUGUACCAGCGGGGGGUCUUUGCCAAAAUUAAUGCUCGGCUCAUUGCUCGUCCUGGGACCGUCGGUCGUGCGGUCACUCGGUCCAUUGUGCGAUUACAUUUGGAUUGUUGCUACCUAAUCUUCUUUCCUUCAACAACGAACCGUCAGUGGCGCUAGAUGGCUCUUGUAUUCUGAUGUGUCUACCGAAAUGAGGGUAUGAUUAUCAAAUCUGAGAGCGCACAGUAUUUGUUCUUAUCCAUAGAUUGCAAGGGUACUGUGC